UAGUUUUUUUAUUAGAUCAAAAUGUUAAUAUUCUUAUUAUAUAUUUUAAAUCCCCUGUUUUCUUAAGUUCGACUUGAAUAUGGCAAAACAUUUUUCAAUAAAAAAUAACAUUUAAGUUGCCGAUUCUUGUGGGUAAAUCAAACUGGGUCGGGUUUUGAAAUUAGUCGGGUUACGGCGGUUGGUUUUUCCAAUUUCAGAAAAACCCUGGAUUUCGAUUUCCUGUGGUUUGGGGAGUUCCUUCUGCGGCUGCUUAAACUCAACAAAAAAUGGCUAAAAUCCCUCUGAGAAAUCUGCUUUCUCUAACCCAAAAACGCUUCAUUCAACGGAACCCAGCCCCUUCUUCUGCUUCAAAACCGCCUCCUUUAAAAUCCGCUCUUUCACCCUUCCCAAAAAGCUCUCCAAAAUCCAAGUCCGUCCUCAACUGUUUGAAAUCUUAUGGAUUCGAGAAUACCCAAAUCGCCAUAUUGGUUCAAAAACACCCUAAAAUCCUCAAUUGCAGAGUUAACACAAAGCUCAAGCCCAAGCUUGAAUAUCUCAUCCAAAAGGGUUUUAUGGGUAAGCUUUUGCCUGAACUCGUUGUGUCGAAUCCUUUGAUUCUCUUUCGAAGCUUGGAUUCUCUUAUCAAGUCAUCUUUUGAGUUUUUAUCCCCUUUUCUGAAUGGUGAGGAACUGUUGGUUGCUAUUAAACGAUCUUCGUGUGUCGGAAGCCUGCGAUUUCCAGUUUUCUAGCAGAUUGGGAAACUCUUAACCAAAAUGAUUCCAGUUCUUCUUCUGAAAGAAUGGAAAAGAAUCCAUUUUUUAUUCUUAUAAGUGGUGUCAGAUCGAAAAUCUUAAUCUCCUCUGUACUAUUUAUUAAAAUGACUCGUCUUCUGUACUAAGCUAGUGACUGUAUUGUUGCUCUGUCUUGAAAUUUAAGACAGGGAAAGACAAGUCUAGUGUUUCCAUCGCUUGAAAAUCCUGGAUGU